UUAAAAGUCUCUUAAUAUUGUUAUUCACCAAUCAAAUAAUCACCACCAUGGCAAAUGAUGCAACUCUAAGAACCUCUCUACUUUGGCUAGCAGCAAUUAUAUUAGCAAUUGGCAUAUGCACCCACUCUUUCAAAAAAAUGAUGGCUACCUAUGUGUUGGGUCUUGUUGGAAUUUCUGGUGUUCUUCUACCUGAUUGGGAUUAUUUCAACCGUCAUUUUUCUCGUUGGCCUUACCCUGUUACUGUUGAAGAAAGAUCAGCAGCAUCUCUUUCCCAUGGAUCUGGAUUUCUAAGGUUUGCAUGUUCUCCUGUGAGGGUGAUUGCUUAUAGCGUUGUUUAUGGAUAUGGUAUUUACAAAUGGUGGGAGUAUGUAGCUAGCUAAUUGUUAAACAACUUUUGUGCUAGUCAUGGCAUAUUCUUUUCAAUCCCAAUUUUACUCGUUUCCUUAUACUUUUCUUGAUUUAAUUUGGAGGAAUUCAUAUUACCCUAAUAGUGAUUGUCAAAAGGUACUUUACUUGGUAGAUAUGUUAGAAGUUAUAGAUAGUUCAAAGAUAGCCAAUUAAUUGAGAUUUGUUGCUUAUGAUUGUUAUAUACACUAUAUCCGCAACACUCCAGCCAUUACCGUUAACGGCGAUGCUACCUUACGACCUUCUCGCUCCCCUAACCACUCCGUUGGAAAUAGCGAGUUUUUGCCAGCAGCUCAAUUGGUAGUGGGACUGUGUGGAGGCGGUACUUAUCCCCCAGGGCUCGAAUCCCAAGGCAAAAAUUCGCUAUUUCCAACAGGAGUGGUUAGGGAAACGGUAAUGGCUGGGGUGUUACACUAUCAUUUAUAAAGUGUAUCAUAUAUUCAUUGGGUAUAAAUAUUUGAUUUGUUUCUAGAA